GACAAUGGGAAUCUAGUGCAUUCAAUCAAACGGAGGUAACUUGUUUUUAGGUAGGAAAAUUGUUUUUAAUGAUUAAAAUAAAAUGGGAUGGUAGGGGUAAAUUUGGUAAUACACAUCACAUUUGGGUCCAAUACCAAACCAGUUCAGUAUAACCCACAAGCCCACAACCACUCUCCUAUUCCAACGGUAACUUUUCACAGUCUUACUUCCUUCUCUUCCACCAUUAAAGAAGAAAUCCCAUCCGCAAUUCAGAAGAGAAAGAAGGAAAACAAAGAAAGAUUCAAGCUUUUCACCUGAAACAGAACUAAGAAGAAGAAGAAGAAGAAGAAGAAGAAGAUCCCAAAUGAAUUUGCAGUCUCGGGAAGAUGAUGAAGAGAGGGAGAGACUGAUCAAAGUGGUGGAGUAUUUGGAGCCAUUCAUGUCCAAACAGCUUCUCUGCAAAUUCCCAGACAACUCCGCCUUCGAUUUCAAUUACUCUCAGAGCACCAUCUGGUCUCCUUUAGUCCCUCGGCCUUACCAUUCUAUGGAUUUGGAUGUAAUUACCCCCAUCAAGCUUCCUUCUGAUUUCGAAAUGGCGACGGAGACAACGGCUGAGAAGAACAGCCUGAGAAAAGCCACCUCCAACCUCAAGAAGAAGCUUCUCUUCAAUGGCUUCAGCAUCAGUUUCGGCAUUUCGAAAAGCAACAGGAAGAUGAACAGGAUGAAGAACAAGAAAUUGGCGUCUGAUUUCUCCCCCACCCCUCUACAAGGUGGUGCUUGCUAUCCAAAUAACAAAAAGGGAUGGAGCAAGUUACUGAGAGCAGCCACCAAGCAUUUCAAGAAGAAGAAGAAGAAGAAGGAUCCCACUUCUCAAAUGAAACUCUAUUUCUAAAACACUGAUUCAUAGAAUCAUAUAAUCUACAGUGUCUUUUUUUUUUUUUUCAUUUAUUUCAUUUCAACUGUUAUUCAAGAACAGAAUAUAUGUAAUUAACUUUAUUCUCUGUGAAUCAAUUCCCAUUCCUAUUUUCCA